UGUAUACAGAUAUACUUAACAAAAAAUGAAACGAAAGGAGUAUUAGUGUUUAUUUAACAUAAGGAACCCCCUUAAGUCAAACUCCGGCCAUUGAGCCAUUUAAAUAAUUCUUAAUAAUAUAUUUCAAUGAUAGAGACUAUUUUUUUUUAUAAUUGUUGUUGUUACGAUGCACGAAAACAAUAACAAAACAACAAACAUUUCUAAAUACAUCAAAUCAAAUAAAAGAGAAAAAAAAGAAAAAUGCAUUAAACAACAAUACUUGCUCUGUUUUCUGAUUACUUCCUCUGGUUUUUUCUUCCACCAAAGUCACCUUCAAUCAAUCUUCCUUUCAAAUAAUGCAAACUCAUCUCCCUCCCAAACAAAUUUUUAGAUUCUGAGUUGAUAAAACAUGCUAAAAAAACUAAGCUUUUGAAAGGCUUCAUCAAUGGCGGCAAACCCAGAAGAAUUUUCAAUUCCAAUCCCACCUCUAAAACUUGAGAAAUCUCCCAAAAAGGGUUUGCAAAACAAUGAAUUUGAAGAAAAACCCACAAAUUAUUCCUCUCAAUCUACAGAAAAUUCCACAUUUUGCUCAAGCCCAAAUAAACCCCUCAUUAGAAGAAGAAAUACUUUCAAGAAAGAAUCCAGAUUUGGGGGGCCCUCAGUUCCUCUUGACACACAGACCUUGCAUAAUUUAGCUGCAACACCUCGAUUUUCAAACCACUCUCCCUUUUCAGGGAGCACACCUCGGGUGGGCACACCUAGGGCGGCAGAAGCUUCUGGAAGGUCAAAGGGAAAGGAGAAGGAGAAGGAGAAGGAAGGACCAGAUGAAAAAGAAAUAUAUGAGAGGGUAACUGCUCAGCUAAGUGUUAGAAAUACUUGGCGAAUGACGAUAAAAUUGUUACUUGAGUUGAUUGUUUUCUUGUUGAUAUUGGCUUGUUUGAUUUGUAGCUUAAAAGUUGAGCGUUUUAAGGGUAAAUUUUUUUGGGGAUUAGAUGUUUGGAAAUGGUUUACACUAUUAAUGGCUAUAUUUUCUGGUGUGUUGAUAACUAGAUGGGUUGUGCAUUGCAUUGUGUUUUUGAUUGAAUGGAAGUUUUUAUUGAAGAAGAAUGUGGUGUACUUUACUCAUGGGUUGCAGACUAAUGUUGUGGUGUUUAUUUGGAUUGGUUUGGUUCUUAUCACUUGGGUUGUGUUGUUUAAGCAUGAUUCCGACUCCGCCCCGAAAAUGACUGCAAAAACAAAGAGAAAACUCGAUUUUAUUACUUGGACUAUAGCUUCGUUGCUAAUUGGGUCAUUUUUGUGGUUGGUUAAGACUACAUUGAUAAAGAUAUUAGCAUCUUCUUUUCAUUUGAAUAGGUUUUUUAAUAGGAUUCAGGAAGCUGUGUUUCAUCAUUAUGUGCUCCAAACUCUCUCGGGGAAACCCGUGGUUGAGUUGGCCCGUAAACUUAGUAGGGAGGACAGUCACGAAUCUCGGGUAAGUUUUAUGGAGCACAUAGGUAGUCACAAGGAGAAUAAGGUGGUUGAUUGGGAAAAGCUUCACCAAAUGAAGAAGGAGAAAGUGCCUUCUUGGACUAUGCAGUUGUUGGUUGAUGUGGUAUCUAAUUCAGGUUUAUCGACUAUGUCUGGUAUUCUCAACCAAAACGUAGUUGAAGGAGGGGUUAGAUUGGAUGAUGAUGAAAUUACUUGUGAGGAGGAGGCUAUAACAACUGCUGUUAGGAUAUUCUACAACGUGAUUGGUAAUGAAAAGAAUGGACUCCAUUUACUUAGUGAUAUGCAGGAUAUCAAUCAACUUUACAUUGAUGGAGCUGACCUCCAUAGGUUCAUGAUUUGGGAAGAGGUGGAACUUAUUUUUCCAUUAUUCGAAGUCAACGAAAACAAACAGAUUGAUUGGAAAUCUUUUUCUAAGUGGGUGGUACAAGUCUUCAAAGAUCGGCAGGCACUCAAACAUGCUUUAAAUGACAAUAAAACUGCUGUGGAUGACCUCAAUAAAUUACUGAGUGGAAUCCUGAUUAUUAUAAUCCUAGUGCUUUGGCUUCUUAUGACAGAAGUUCUUACAUCUAAAAUGCUUCUAUUCUUAUCUUCUCAACUUCUGGUGGCAGUUUUUGUUUUUGGAAACAGCUGUAAGACUGUUUUUGAAGCAAUUAUAUUUGUUUUUGUUAUGCAUCCAUUUGAUGUUGGUGAUCGCUGUGUUGUUGAUGGAAAACUGAUGAUUGUGGAAGAGAUGAAUAUCUUAACAACAGUAUUCUUGAAAUUGGACAAGGAAAAGGUAUACUAUCCAAAUGCGGUGUUAGCUACUAAACCCAUUGGAAACUAUUACAGAAGUCCAGAUCAGGCAGAUACUAUGGAGUUUGGAAUAGAUUAUAAAACACCGCUGCCAAAGAUUGCGGAGCUAAAAGAUCGAAUAAAGAAAUAUGUGGAUCAAGCUUCCCACUUGUGGCACCCAGAGCACAUAUUGGUUGUUAAAGAGAUUGAGAACGUAAACAAGAUAAAAAUGGUUCUCGUUUUCAAUCAUACUAUGAACUAUCAGGACAUUGUUGAGAGGAACAGGCGGAGAUCUGAAUUUGUCUUGCAAAUGAAGAGCAUAUUUGAUGACCUCGAAAUUUCUUACCAUCUACUUCCUCAGGAAAUUCAUCUUACCAAAAUGGCUCAAAAUUAUCUUGGUUGAUUGCUGAAGAGUUCAUUCGCCUAUCUGCAUCUGCAAGUAAGUCACCUGACUCACCUCUUUGUCCAGGUUACUCAGAUUUUUUGGGGAUAAAAUUCAUUUUGUUUGCUACUCGUUGGGCAUCAAAAUAAAAUUGUCAUAUUUUCUUAUUUUUGGGCUUGUGACACUACAAAUACACAUGUUUGUUACGACUUGUUUGGUAGGUUGUAAUAUUAGAGUUUAUAUGUACUUUUGUGAGGAAAUCUCAUGAUAUUAUGCUUCAUAAGUUUGUAUUACCACUUAUUACCAUCUAUAGAAGAUUAUAAUGAGUGGUAAUGAAAAUUUAUUUACAAAAGUUUUACUUGGGCUAUAGCCACAUUACCAUGAGUCUUUCUUGCAAGAACAUGUACAACUUCAUUAUCAUUACGAAUUUACAACCGUAUAUUAUUGUCUGCCAAACAGGCUACUAGCAAUUUAUAUGUAUAUAUAAAGUUGUAAUAUUACUGGCUUUAAGCCAGAAUUAAGCUCCAUGGAGCCUGAUGAAUGAUAAUUUUUUGCCGGAGAAGCUCCGUUGUACGUUUGAGAAA